AUGCCACUGCUUUUGGCAAUGCCCGAACCAGAGCGUUCUCUGUCUCUAAUAACAGUGGCCGCCACUGCCGCCGCAAUGUCCGAGGCGGAGGUGACAACGUCACCAACUCGAACCACUCCAACGGUGGCUGCAACAAUCAGGCCGAAUGCGUCCAGUCAAUCCGUGCCUAUCAAACAGCAAUCAAAUACAGUCAUUGCCUCAAAUGUACUGACAUCAACAGCAAUAGCAACAACAGCAUUGACAACAACGGCCGCAGUAGCCGCCGCAUUAGCCGGCACAAUGCUUACGGCAAUGGCUCCAUCGAGUGCGGCGAUAAGAACAGCAGCCACUGCAGGUGUUAAUAGCCAAAUUACAGACGAGAGAGGUAGCGUUACCUCGCCACAUCAUCACUCAACAGUUGGCGUUGUUAGCAGCAAUUAUGUAGUAAAUGAAAUUGCCACUGCCAGCAGCAGCAAGCCCGACAGAGCGAACGCAGUCGACUCAGACAACAUCGAUGGCAGUGUGUUUUGUGGCCGUUAUGACGGCGUGUCCGAUACUUCAUCAAAUCGACACCAUCGCCGACAUUUGAAUGGCAAUAGCCAGCAAGCCAACAAUUGCGACGACGACAACAACGACCACGACGACGGAGACAAGGUUAAUUGUUAUGCUUCAGGCACCCGCUCGCCUCUGUUCCACGGCAGCGAUAAGAAAAUCUCCCCCGUUGCCCCAACAGCUCUAACGUCGGCAACAGCUUGCUGGCAUAGCUGUUAUUCGCCCACUCGCCACCAAGAGAAUGAAUCAUCAAUUAGCGCUGAUGGAGUGACGACAGCACCAUCGCCGCAUUAUCCGCAAAUUCACGUCAAACAGGAAUACCUUCAAACGCAAUAUAUGCCAGACGAAGACGAGGUUGCGGACGGUGAUAAAGAGCGAACAAAUGAUAACGGACAGACGGUGCACACCGCUCAAGCUGCUCCGGUCAAACAAGGUAUGUAUGUUAACGGCGAAUCGACGGGGCUUUUUAUUCACUGCCCCUGGCAUUUACCACCACUCAGCCUAAACUCAAACUCACGGACAUUAACGCCAACAACAACUUCAUUCGCCGUUGCUGCAAUAAAUGCAAUAGACAAUCAAAAUAUAUAUUAUAACGGUAUUUUCCCGUUACCCCUACCAGGACAACUGUUAGCCGAUGUCACGAAAGGUUUAGAAAACACACUUCCCCAAACCGAGCUACCGCCAUUCCAGUUGGAUCAUUUGGAGUAUGUUAAAUCAAUUAACUCUACAUUGUUGGCGCAAAUCGAGGAAAAUAGCUCCUUGAGUACUCAACUGCCAAUUAACAAGCUUCCGAGUUUAUUUGGCAGCUUAUAUAAUAAACCAAAUGGUAAUUAUAUAAGUAAGGGGUUGCAUAAUAAACUGUUUCAGCGACAGACUGCAGAGGCAAGUGAAAUCAUUUCAGAAGCUGAAGAGUCCCCAACGCUUCAACAGGUGUUUGAAACUGUAAGGUCCAAUCGACUGACAACAUUGUCUAUACCGCAUGUUCGUCUACCAUCCGGGGAACGCCUAAAUGACGCCCUUAUCCCAAUGACCCCCUCCCCCCACACAGUAUCAGAGCACACGAAAAAAGUUAACGGCAAGGUUUCCCUAACUGGUCUUCACAAUAUUCAGAUCCAAACGCCGCCAUCAUCUUCCCUACAGCAAAUGGCCGAACUAUUUCUGCAACCAUCACUGUUACCUCCACGCAUGCUUCAGUUUUCACAAACGCCGCCAGUUGCGACUAACUUAAGGGUACCCAAAGUGGGGCAGCCAUAUCAUGAUAAUUAUCAAAAUCAAUAUGGAAACCAAAUGACUCACAAUACUGACACCUUGGUCUCGGCCGCCGAAUCUCUGCAAUUAUAUAGAUCCAUAUCAGAACACCAAUCACCUCUGAACGAAGUUGUGCUGCAAACCAAGAGUGCAAUGACAGGUCCUUUCCUAUUUAGAAAUAACCCAACCACAGCCAACUCAGUAACAGUGGCGGCUUCAACAAAUAUAUCAGCGGUAGCGGGAAGUUUCAGAACAGCAUCAAUGGAAAUGAAAGCACAACCAACAACAAAGGGAACAUUAAUUAAUACGCUUCAGCCUUCAUAUAUCUCCCUACCUCACACAUCAUCAACAACUCCUAUGUUCGCGCACCGGAAGCCACCAACUCCACCACCCCAUUCCCUUAAAUACUACAAAGAUUGGAAAGCUGAAGAAACGUCAUCUCACGUGACGUCUACAUCGGCGCUGCCGUCAUACGUUAGAAAGUCAUUAACCCAGAAUGCCAACAACACUCAUGGUGCCGCGUCUAACGACCAAACGGCGAGACUUUCUCAACUAACGAAUACCCACAAACACACCCACACCCAGGACCACAUUCACAAUAAAAUCAAAAGCAAGCAGAAACAAACCCAAAAACCAAAACAAAGACAAAAAUCGAAACAAAAACAAUCAGACUAUGAACAGGAGCGCGUAACUUACACAUCCUUAGGUUACACUAGCAAUGGAGAGCAAUUGUUCGUGCGGCAUUUUCACGAGAGAGAUCGUCUCAUACGAGAGCAUCAAUUAAAGCAUCGCAUAUGCAACACCUUCAGUGCUAACAACGACAAUUUUGAUGGUGAUGGACGCGGUCGGCAAACAACUACACAACACGAAGAGACGGCAGCAUGUCUGGGGUCACCCGGAAUUCGUGAAAGCCAUGAAAGCGUCGCGGUAGCCACAACAAAGACCACGUCAGCAUUUGUAUGUGUGCCCAAUUCGACUGUUGCUGGUGAUGCUGCGAAUGGCAUUGCCUUUGUUAAUAACGCUCGCACUAAUUCUAAUUGGCAUGGUGUCUGCCAUAGUGUUGAUGACAUUGUGCCGCAAGUGGAUCAAGACCAAACCGAGCGGGCGACAGGGACAGCGGCAGUGGGUGCACUGGCUGGCGUUCGUAUCGACGACACUGAGGCUGCGAGGGAUGAUUUGGCGCAAUUCGAAGAAAUGACGACACGAGACAAUGUAGAAAUCUCAACGACCACAGACACGUCCUCCAAAGUCAUGGGUAAAUGCGCGCCCAUCACGAAGGUGACAAAAGAAAAAAGUGCGAAUGUUCCAAUAGCAGAUGCAUUCAAUGGACACAUGCGGUACUCGCCACCACCACUACGCUCGACAGCCGGCAACAACGACAAACAUGAAGACGCAGGGUGUGAUGAGCAGUUCAAGCGCUGUGUCCUGCCAGCGAAAAAUUUGAGUAAGAAGCGUCGUCAUGAAGUGGCAACAGAGUCCGAAGAGAUACUUGAUCUUGCACCCCAAUCACCAAAGCGACUGGCGCGUUCACCACUCCGUCCUGUGACGCCGGGCGAGAUGAAUGCAAGAAGCUCGGAUGAGCACUGUCAACAGUUAUCCGAGAGUGCAUCGAAUCUCUUUGCUGCGCUGCAGAGUCCACUGGCACCGCUACUACUGCAAAAUCAUCUUGGCAUGGCAGCUACAAACUAUGCUGCCAAUGAAAUGCAACAGGCUUUCCAGCUACAACUGCAAAGUUAUGUAGAUAUGAUGCGUCAAGUCGCGCCGGAUAACUUUCAAAAUCCAACAGCUUCACAUUUCCUGCUCCAAAACUCCCUCCAAGCGAUGGCGCAGUUUCAAGCUUUGCAACAAUUGAAACAACAACAACAGCUACAACAAGAGCUGCAACAACAUUUUGAAAGCGAAGAACACCCACCCACGAGCAGAUUCAAUGCCCAAGGCACACCAGCACGCGGAAUAAAACACUUUUCUACGCCGCUGGUGUCAUCACCAUUGCGUAGCCCCUCUCUAAGUCCAGUUAGUCGGCGUCACUCGAAAUCUUACAAGCUUACACAAGACGAUGAAGAAGAAGAAAGCGGCAACGCAAACUCUUCGCAGCAGACUACGCCACCUAAUUCUGCUUUGGGUCUUCAAAUGGGUAGCGCCAUCUUAACGCCAAAUACGCCCGGCAUGUCUUCCAUAUUCCCCAGCACGUUACCCGGCGCAACAAUGAGCUUCAGCAGUACACCACAAAACAACAAAGCGGUCGGCGCAAACGCAAUGUCGGCGGCAGCACGCUCUCUCGACCAAUCGCCUGAAGAGACAACUGAUCUGGAAGAACUCGAACAAUUCGCCAAAACUUUCAAGCAGCGUCGUAUUAAGCUCGGCUUCACGCAGGGAGAUGUCGGUUUGGCAAUGGGAAAAUUGUACGGCAAUGACUUCUCGCAAACCACAAUCUCACGAUUUGAAGCACUCAACCUCAGCUUCAAAAACAUGUGCAAACUAAAGCCGCUGCUGCAAAAAUGGCUGGCUGAUGCUGACAAUACAAUCUCAAAAACGGGCGGCGUGUUCUCACUGAGCUCCAUGACAACAACGCUCACUACGCCGGAAAAUAUAAUUGGACGAAGACGCAAAAAGCGCACGUCGAUCGAGACAAACGUGCGCAGUACACUCGAAAAGGCAUUCAUGGUCAACUGCAAACCCACUUCAGAGGACAUCAAUAAUUUGGCGGAUCAACUAAAUAUGGACAAAGAAGUGGUGCGCGUUUGGUUUUGCAAUCGGCGGCAAAAGGAGAAACGCAUCAAUCCCGCCAUGGAUCUGGACAGUCCGACAGGCACACCACUCAGCAGCCACAUUUUCGGGUUCCCCGCACAAGCGCUCAGUAUGUCAAACAGCCAUGAAGCCUCCUCAAUGUGCGGCAGCUCAAUUAGCUCUCUGUCGCCACAUUGUGCGAGCAAGCAAGAAUGAUCCCGAGGCCACAGUGAUGUGAAUCGAAAAAAAUCAUAUCGGGAAAUAAAUAAACCUCAUUCGUCAUACCUGCAGAGCUUCGCACCGCCGCAACAUUCGAGACGCACACAAUCGUUCUUCGAGAACCGACAGGAACUGCAAAGGAUUUGGCACUUCUGUGAGAAACCGUCGUCAUUUGUGUCGACCACGUUCGAUACAUAUUCACAUUACACGGAGCUGAUCUAAACAUAUUCACACAACCAUACAUACCUAAGCUAAACAAAUGUGUAUAUACAAAUAGUAUUUAAGUAAUGUAACGCUAAAAUAUAUGCAUUACUUUUACAAAAGUCUAUCUCUUGACCAUAUCAACGCCCGGCCACAGACAGAGCCAUAAUUUAAUUAUAAUUAUUUAAGCAAUUACAAGUUCCAAAUGUGUAUUUUAAAUGUUUGUACAAUCUAUCACUCAAGUAUUACACAGUUAUGUAAUGAGUAACGUACAUUUGUAUGUGCUCUUCGGCUACAACGACACUUGUGGCGAGUAUGAGGAGUUGGUAGUAUAUAUUUCUAUUUGUUAUUGGAAUGAAAUUAAGCGAAUAUGUACAUAUAUUAUCUAUACACAUACAUAGGCAUGCAUUUGUGUAUGUAUGUAAAUGCAUUGAAUGUGUGUGUAAGUCGCAUUUAAUGAAAUUACUCAGUCAAGGUUCCUAUAUUUAUGUUCAAAUCCAGUUCAUGUAAUUAUUUAUGCGCAACGUAUGUUCAAUUCAUGCAAGUCUAGUAUAUUUUUUUAUUAGUUUUUUUUCUCACACUCGAAGAAUUUGAAGUGAAUUACACGAAGCCCGAAAUGACGAUCUUCCAUUAAGAAGCAAUUCUUAAAUUCCGCAAAUAUUGCAAAUAUAUUCAAGUGUUUUUCAAGUUUUUAAUGUUCGUAAAAUAAUAUAAACACAUACAUGUGUACAUACAUACUAUGCCAGCUAAUUGGGUAGUGGUUUUCGAAAUUUCUGGAAAAGUUUUUCGAAAAUCAGCAUUCAAUAUCUGCAACUCUUUAUUUCCAUAUUUUAUUCUUUGUAUUUAUGUAUGUAUGUAUGAACGUAUAAAGUGCGAAAAUAUUAAUAAUUUUGUAGUUAUAUUAUUAGUACAAAUGAAUUCAAUUAUUAAAGCAAAGCUCACUGCAAGCAGCUUCAGAAUUAGCAGAUCGUGCUAAAAUUGGUUUGUGCUUUAUAGUUUUGACCGCACUUUCCACUAUUAAAAUCUAUUUCUAACAUUUUUGCAUAACUGUUCAGACUUUUUGGAGGCUCUUGUGCAUUUGUUGUUGUUUAAUGUAAACCCACUUCAGGUGAACCCGAGUACAUAUAUAUAUUGUAUAGGGAAUUUUAAACCUCUUUUUAAAUUAUUACUUGUAACUAUAUACAUAUGAACUUGGAUUAUACUAAAUUAUAAAAUAAUUAAUGUAGAUUUGUAGAAAAAUGAAUGAGUUCACACAGAACGCAAAGAUAUCAAAACAAAUAAAAAUCAAGAAUGUAUUUAGCAGC